AUGUCGGACCAUGAGCAAUCCCCCAACGGUGCGCCGACGGAGCCGGCUGGCGAGCACCUCAAUAUCAAAGUCACAGACAAUAAUAACGAGGUCUUCUUCAAGAUCAAGAAGAGUACCAAGCUCGACAAGCUCAUGCGCGCAUUCUGCGACCGUCAAGGCAAAGACCGGAACACCGUCAGAUUUCUGUUUGACGGCGUGAAGGUCAACGACUAUGACACUCCCGAUGGGCUCGAUAUGUCUGACGGUGACACUCUCGAGGUUCAUCAAGAACAGAUCGGCGGUGCGUCUUACAUUCAGUAG